UUUAUUACCGGUCUUAUGAUGUGGAAUGUCAUGGAAGGAGCUAAGGCCCAAUACCUCAAGAGACUGGCCAAGAGAAAUCAGAAACCAUUAAACUCACAGGACUUGAACUGUUCCCAAGGUUGCUUGAGAUGGACUACUUGAGAGAGGCUGUAGAGUUGUUCAUGUCAGAGAGAUUCUGUGUCUACAGGAACGUAGCAGCUGUGGUUGGUUCGCUGGUGCUGCUCAGGUUCACACUGCGGUUCCUGUGUAAUGCUUGCAGCUGGUUGAGGGCAUAUUUCCUCGCUCCACUAGGUCUGGGGCGUACCAACCUUAAGAAAUAUGGACCAUGGGCAGUUGUAACAGGAGCCUCUGAGGGAAUUGGGCGUGGCUAUGCUCUCGAGUUGGCCAGACAAGGACUGAAUGUGGUUCUCAUGAGCAGAUCUCAAGAGAAACUGGACAAAGUGGCCACUGAAAUAAAGGCUAGGUACGCAGGUCGUGAGGUUCGUGUGGUCCCGGUUGACUUCUCCCAGGGUGCGGAGAUCUUCCCCCAGAUAGCAGAGAGUGUGCAAGAUCUUGACGUCGGAAUAUUGGUGAACAAUGUUGGGUUGGGUAAUGAACAUCCCGAGGUGUUGCUAAAGAUGCCAAUAGAGAGGAUGCGCAAGAUGGUGGAGCUCAAUAUUCAAACUUUGAUGCACAUGUCACAUCUCAUCAUGCCCCAGAUGGUUGCUAAGGGGCGUGGGCUUGUCAUCAACUUGUCGUCGGCCGCUGCUAUUAGACCUGGCGUCAUGCACACUGUCUAUGCAUCUACUAAAUCUUUUGUUGACUUCUUCUCCACGUCUCUUUCUCUGGAGUAUGCCAGCAAGGGAAUCAUUGUUCAGAAUGUUGCUCCAUUUUUUGUUGCCACAGCAUUGAGUGGAAUGCGUCGCACUAAUUUGUUUGUUGCCGAUGCCAACCAGUACGCCAGGUCUGCUCUGGCUACAGUGGGUAUAAUGAGCUUCACCCACGGAACACUCAGUCAUUCAAUGCAGGCAGUGUUGAUCCGGCUUAUCCCCCAGUGCCUCCUCAUACCCGGGAUGUGGCGUGCCAUGAAAGGAGCUAAGGCAAAAUACCUCAAGAAACAAGCCAAGAGAAAGUGAAUUGCCAUUAAUUGCAGACUAUAGUCUAGCUAUAGUUAGGGGUUGAGUGUGGAGUAUGGACAUGUAAUUGGUUGUAUUGUGUUUUAAUGUUGUUGAUUUUUGUAAAUUUUGAUAUAAAUGUGAGAGCUGAAAAGCUGCCUGACUGUG